GCCGGAACUCCUAGAGGGGAGGACCGGUUUCCACACGGAACCGAAUAAAGGUAGGACCGCCGGAGCAGGGAAACAAACCGAGCUUCCUGAAUAGACAUGGAUCCGGAGGAUGCCGAGCAGCUGGCGGCGGAGGUGCGUGGAAGGACUGCCGACGGCUGGGACCUUCUGCAGAUCGCCACGGGCACCGGUUUGGCCGCCUACGUGGUGUGGGCGGGAAUUCUCAUGCCUGGAUUCCGCAAAGUGCCUUUAAAACUCCAGGUGCCGUACAUCCCAGCAAGUGCCAAACAGCUAGAGAAUGUGAUGUUGCUACUGGAAGGCCGCUCUGGGAAGAUGGUGGAUCUAGGGUCAGGAGACGGCAGAAUUGUGCUGGAGGCCUACAGACGAGGCUUCAGGCCCGCCAUCGGUUACGAACUCAAUCCGUGGCUGCUGAGACUGUCCAGCUAUCGCGCCUGGAGGGCUGGGUGCUACCGCAAGGUUUCUUACCGCCGGGAGGAUCUGUGGAAGGUGAAUCUGUCCGACUGUGCUAAUGUCACUGUCUUCCUGGCACCUAGUGUGCUGCAGCUUCUGGAAAGAAAGCUGCUCACAGAACUUCCGGAUGAGGCCCGGGUGGUUGCUGGGCGCUUCCCACUUCCCGGCUGGAUGCCCACAAGCACGGCUGGGGACGGGCUGAACCGAGCCUGGGCAUAUGAUCUCAAGGCCGUACGGCAAGCCCAGCAGGACAAUCCGGAAGGAAGCUCAGUGUGAGAAGUGAAGACCAAAGCUGAUGGCUGCUACUAAGAGAAUGGACUCAACGGAGAGGCAGUGCGGCGUAGUGGUUAAGAGCCACCGGACUCUGAUCUGGAGGGCUUGUGUUCGAUUCCUCCUCCUGAAGCCAGCUGGGUGACCUUGGGUCAGUCACAGUUCUCUCAGAACUCUCUCAGCCCCACCUACCUCACAGGGUGUCUGUGGUGGGGAGAGGAAAGGAAGGCGAUUGUAAGCCGCUCUGGAACUCCUUCAGGUAGCGAAGGGCGAGGUAUAAAACCAACUCUUCUUCUUUGCCUAUUAAGGAAGGUAGGCCUUUUUUCAGCUCAAAACACCACGAAGUGCCAAUUGCAAAGGGAGCAAAACAAGACGAUGUGAUAAUUUGACAGGCAAAAGUCACAUCACAAGCCGAGGAUGCUGAUUCUGGGACUUCCCUUGAAUCUUUGCAAAAAAACAAACAAACCAGGGCGGGCUAAUUGAUUGGUUUUUAAUGUGAGCAGUUUGUUUUAAUCUGUUUGUAAGAAGCUCUUCCCACUUGAUGUCACUUUAUCCUUUGUACAAAAAGAUCAUCCCUGCCUACAGAAAGCAAGCAUGUCAGGGAUUGCCUGACAAGCUAGCUUUCUAGGUGCAAGGAAUGUGUGAAGUA